AUGAAAAUGAAGAUAGUUCCCAAACACAAUCGCACUGAGGCAACUGAAUUUAUCCUCCUAGGACUGACCAGCCGGCCAGAGCUGCAGCUCAUCCUUUUUGUGGUGUUUCUCCUGAUUUAUCUCAUCACCAUGACUGGGAACUUAGGCAUGAUGUUACUCAUCCGCUUCACGCCUCGACUGAAAACCCCUAUGUACUUUUUCCUCUCCCAUUUAGCAUGUGUGGACAUUUUUUAUUCCACAAAUGUCUCUCCCAAGAUGCUUGUUAACUUCUUAUCUGUGAAAAAAACCAUUUCUUAUGCUGGAUGUCUUACCCAGUGUUUUGUAUUUGUGACUCUGUUGCUUACUGAGUACUACAUGCUUGGUGCUAUGGCCUAUGACCGGUACAUGGCCAUCUGCAACCCUCUGCAUUACAGCAGCAAAAUGUCCAGACCUGUUUGCAUCUCCCUGGUCACCUUUCCCUACCUGUGGGGCUCUAUGGUAGGGACAAUGCAAGUAAUAUUGACUUCUCGCCUAUCUUUUUGUGGACCCAACACCAUCAACCAUUUCUACUGUGCUGACCCACCCCUUCUAAUGUUGACGUGCUCUGAUACUUAUAUCAAGCAAACUGCCUUGUUUGUGUCUGCAGGGAUUAACCUCACAGGUUCCCUGUUCAUCAUCCUCAUUUCCUAUGUUUUCAUUUUCAUCACCAUCCUAAGGAUGCGCUCCAGUGAGGGGCAACGCAAAGCUUUCUCUACCUGUGGCUCCCACUUGACGGCCGUCACCAUGUUCUAUGGGUCCCUCUUCUGCAUGUAUCUGAGGCCUGCAAAUGUGCAGUCUGUUGAGCAAGGGAAAAUUGUGGCAGUGUUUUGCAUAUUUGUGAGUCCCAUGCUGAAUCCGUUCAUCUACAGCCUGAGGAACAAGGAUGUGAAGCAAGCUUUGAGAAGAGUGUUUGUGAAAAAGCUUGGUAAAAUACAGAGACCUUCUAUUUCUACUAUCUCUCAAUAA